AAAAAUGGCACGAAACAGGCUGGAAGAAGCUGCCCAGUGCGAGGAACAACCACCGACGCACGAAAACGAAUUUCGCGAAUCAUGUCGGCAUUCGUAACUACAAUCACGGCGUGCAAAAACAAUCACGCGUGAUGCUUGGCAUCCAAGGGAAAUCGUGAAACGCAUCGAAACAUUCGAAUUUUUACGACGACUCACCUACGCGCGGCGAUGAACGCGGGAGAGACGCGGCACACAGCACGAUUCGAAACACUUUGCCGGCUUUGGCGCACGUUCCGCAAGAAUGGCUGUUAACUUUCGAGAAUCGCAAUCUCGAACGUUUGCGAGUCUCGAAGUAUCGACUGGAGUCGACUCUCGAUGCUCUCGAUUUUACGCCGCAUCGGCCGCGGCGCUCGCGAAAGAUGUUAGAAAUGAUAUAACCUCAAACGUGGGAAUUUUUUAUUUUUGUCCGUGAAAAUGUGAAUCGAAUAAGGUUGAUGUUCGUGCAAAUAAAUUUCUCGCGCUUCGAAUAAACCGCAUGCUUUUUCCAGCUUCGUCAGGACAUUCCUAAAAAAAAAAAUGAAACUAAAUUACUCAUCUCAUAAUGAUGCCCGUCUCGCAAAAUUGCGUGUUUUGCGUUAAAAUGAAUUAAAUUAUUUGUACAUACAUAAAUUAAAUAUAAAUAAUAAUAGGCUGCUGACCCAAAUUCGAAUUUUCGCGAUCGAUGAUAAUUGAAUUAUAGUCAACAGAUUAGAGGCGUUGGUGUGCCUAUAUUUAACUCAAUGCUUCUAUUUAUGUCGAAGACGUUUCGCCAAAAAUAAACCCUCUAGACAGUUCCACGCUUUCUAUAAUACGACGAAGCACAAGCAAUUCCGGAUCAUUCUAAACACGAAUUGAACUGCAGACUACUGUUUUAAAUUGCAGCGUCAUAACUUGAGGAAAUCAAAUCGUUCUCUGUUACUUGGAAGCUCAUUUCAGAGAAUUAAUCCAUCAUGAAGACGAUUGCACAGGAGUGGAAAGAGAAAGGUAAUGAAGAGUUUAAUAAAGGCAAUUGGUCAGAAGCCUUGAGUCACUACACAACCGCAUUGAAACUGGUGAAUGAAGAUAAUGCAGAAAAAGCAGUGUACUACAAAAAUCGAGCUGCUGCUUAUUUGAAACUACGCGAUUACGAGAAAGUGGUCAAAGACUGUGAUGAUGCACUGAAGAUAUGUUGUAAUGAUCCCAAGGCAUUAUUUCGUAGAUGUCAAGCACUGGAGGCAUUAGAAAGAUUCGAGGAAGCGUAUCGGGAUGCAAGAAACAUUAUUUUAUGCGAUCCUAAUAACAAAGUUAUUCAGCCCAUAGCAAUGCGCUUACAUGAAAUUGUACAAGAACGCCACAAGGAAAAUUCACGUAUUAGUACCAAGGUAUCACAAAUGUUAGAUUUGGCAUUUAAUGUAAACACAGAUAAGGAGAAACGUGAAACUGCUAUGAAUAAUUUGCUUGUGCUCGCACGUGAAAGAGCUGGCGCUGAGGAGAUCUUCAAAGGACAAGCUAUACCCAAAAUAGCGCAGCUUGUAAAAGUUGAAAAAAACGAUGAAGUGAUAUGUAGCGCAAUUCGUAUUAUAGGCGAAUUAUGUAAAAAUAAUAUCAGUCGCACCGAGUCCAUUAUAAAAGACCUCGGUUUGCCUUGGUGUUUGGAAAUGAUGAACAGCACAUCUACAGAGAGAGUCAAUGCGUCUCAAUAUUGUUUACAAAAUAUAUUGAACGCUUACAGUGGUAUGGAUAAUAAGCCUGAUUCGAAACCUGAUAAGGCUUUGUGCGAGGCGCAUAAGAAGGAAAUAGAUACGAUUUUGUCAUGUUUGCUGUACAGUAUAACAAAUAGAACGAUAACAGGCCUUGCGAGAGACGCGAUAAUAGAAAUUACUAUGCGUAACAUUCACUAUACCGCGUUAGACUGGGCCGAACGAUUCGUCGAGCUUCGCGGUUUACAGAGAUUAAUGGAGGUGGCCAGUGAAAUGGAGGAAUACAAAUACGAAUCCUCGAUGGACAUCACGUCUUCCACGCGAACUAUAACCAGUGUGUGCUUGGCUAAAAUAUAUGAGAACAUGUACUAUGAUGCUGCUAAGGAAAAAUUUAGCAACGCCAUUGAUGAAUUUAUUAAAGAUAAAUUGCUUUCGCCUGACAUAGAAUCUAAGGUACGUGUAGUAGUUGCGAUAACAACCUUAUUAUUGGGCCCGUUAGACGUUGGAAAUGCAGUUGUGGCUAAAGAAGGGAUUCUAGAAAUGAUUCUCGUUAUGGCGGGAACAGAUGAUGUAUUGCAACAAAAAGUAGCAUGCGAAUGUAUCGUUGCCGCUGCGACCAAAAAAGACAAAGCCAAUGCGAUCAUAAAUCAAGGUGUAAAUAUAUUGAAGAAAUUAUAUCAAUCUAAGGAUGAUUCGAUUCGAGUUCGAGCGUUAGUGGGUUUGUGCAAGUUGGGCAGUUCCGGAGGCACGGACGCGACUGUCAAACCGUUUGCAGAGGGAGCAACGAAAAAAUUGGCCGAGGCUUGCAGACGGUUCUUGACCAAAAAAGACAAAGAUAUGAGGAAAUGGGCUGUGGAAGGUCUGUCGUAUCUCACUUUCGACGCUGAAGUCAAAGAGAAAUUGAUCGAGGAUCAGCAAGCUGUGCAGGCGAUGAUUGAGCUCGCCAAGACUGGUGAUCAAUCGAUUCUCUAUGGCGUAGUCACGACGUUAGUAAAUCUGUGCAAUGCUUAUGACAAACAGGAACUCAUACCCGAGAUGAUAGAAUUAGCCAAAUUUGCGAAACAUCAUAUUCCCCAGGAACACGAACUGGACGACGUUGACUUCGUGAAUAAAAGACUGUGCGCGUUGGCCAAGGCUGAUGUGACUAGCGCUUUGGUGAGUCUUGCCAAAACGGACAGUCAGAACAGCAAAGAAUUGAUAGCCCGCGUUUUUAAUGCGAUAUGUAGCCAACAAGAAGUGAGAGGAAUGAUCGUUCAACAAGGUGGCGCGAAGGCGUUGCUACCCUUAGCACUGGACGGUACGGAUAAGGGAAAAAAGCAAGCUUCGCAAGCUCUGGCUCGUCUGACCAUCACGAUAAAUCCGGAAGUCGCGUUUCCUGGUCAGAGGAUCAUGGAAGUUGUUCGGCCGUUCAUAAAUCUCUUAAACCCAGAGUGUUCCGCGCUCGAGAAUUUCGAGGCUCUAAUGGCUUUAUGCAAUCUAGCUGGUGUCAACGAUAGCGUGCGGAAUCGUAUAUUGAAGGAGGGAGGAUUCCAGAAGAUCGAGGCCUACAUGUACGAGGAUCAUUACAUGUUGAAACGAGCGGCCACGGAAGUUAUAAAUAAUUUGAUAAUGAGUGAUGAAGUGAUUCAUUAUUUCGAGCAGGAAAACGAUCGAGUCAAGUAUCUCGUGAUAUUAUGCCAGGAUGAGGAUGAAGUUACUUGCAUGGCAGCAGCUGGUGGUCUAGCGAUGCUGACACCACGCAGUGUAAAGGCUUGCGAGAAGAUUUUCGACUCAAAAGAUUGGUUGGAAUCUCUACACUUUUUACUCGCUAAUCCAAACAGCGAAUUGCAACAUAGGGGUGUUGUAAUUGUGCUGAAUAUGAUAAGAAGCACAAAAGACGUUGCUGCGAAACUCAUCGAAACGGAUAUAAUGGAAUUACUGAUGGCAUUGAGCAAAAACGAUACUGUGGAAAAUCAGAAAAUCAAGGAAUUGGCGUCCACUGCUUUAGAAGCUGCUGCAAAAUGGAAACUAAUCAAGAAAAAUGUCGAGGAUGAUCAAUCGUUACAAAACGCUGAUAAUACAGACAACGUUGAAUAAAGAAAUUGUAUUUGAACAUUUUUAUAACGUUAAAUCGUAGAUAAAAGUGAGAAAUUGUAUAUCUUCCUCAUACUUCAAAUUAAGUGCCUUAAGAAAAUACUGAAAUCCUAAAUACUAAUUGUAUUAGAGAAUAAAUUAAUUUUCGAAUUAG